AGAUCCCGAUAGGCACAGACGCUAGGGGGCUAUCAAGGCCACUUGAAUAUCGCCAUACCACUUGGUCGUGGGCUUGACCACACCUAUAAGAACUCUGUAUACUUCCGAUGCAUUUGUCUCAACCAGCACAUCCCGUCUCCGCAUCAAUCGAUAUAACCCACGACUUUAGUCGAUAGAGGUAUUGUCUGCACAUCAUGCCAGCCUACGAGACAGGAAAAUCGGAUCAGAACUCUUCUGAAAAGAAGGAUCUGGCAGCUGCACCAUAUGAUGACAGCACUAAAGUCGGAGUCGUCGAGGAAAGAGGAGAGGUCUUCGAUCAAGCUGAGUAUCGAGCUCUAGGAUGGAUCCGUACUAGUAUCAUUCUUACGAAGCUCUGCUUUGCCACUGGUGUCCUAGCCAUCCCCUCCGCUUUCAGCGUUGUAGGUUAUGGGCCGGGAGUUAUUCUCCUUCUAUGCUGGAGCGCCUUGACGACUUAUUAUGCCUACGUCAUGUACGUAUUCCGGAUGCGAUAUCCUGGCGUUCACAACAUCGCGGACGCUGCUGGGGUUAUUGGUGGCCCGAUCGCGCGGGAAGUGGCCGGAGCCCUCUUUCUCCUGACUUGGGUACUGGCUUCCGGAUCAGGGUUUAUAGGCCUUUCACAGGGCUUCAAGGUUCUCUCUAGCCAUCAUGUCUGCACUGUAGUCUGGACCUUGGUUGCUGCAUUAUGCACUGCAUUCUGUGCAAGCAUUCAAACGCUUGGAAGACUUGCUAUUCUGACGUGGAUCGGAUUUGCAUCUAUCUUCACGGCUGUGUUCAUUGUCGUUGUCGGUGUCACACAAGUAGAUAGACCCGCGGCUGCACCUCAAGAGGGCUCAUUUAGCAUGGAAGUUUUCGCCGUCGGAUCCCCGGGAGUCGUCGCCGGCCUUGUCGCAGCGAUUAACUUGUUUGCUGGCUACGGAUCCACUCCUACCUUCAUGCCCGUGAUUGCGGAGAUGAGGAGUCCAAGUUCGUUCACAAAAGCCUUAUUCUUGUCUCAAGGAUUUUUGGUCACUUGUUACAUUUCAUUUGGUGUGGUUGUUUACCUAUACUGCGGUCAAUACGUUGCGAGUCCGUCAUUGGGCAGUGCAGGUGGCCUUUUGGAGAAGAUCGCCUACGGUAUUUCGAUCCCUGGGUUCAUUAUGACAACCACCCUCUGGGUUCAUCUUGCAGCCAAGUUUCUACUUGUUCGAAUCCUUCGAGACUCCGUGCAUCUACAGGAUCACAGUGUAACGCAUUGGGUGACUUGGCUUGCAUCCACCAUUGGCAUAAGCGCAUUGGCAUUCGUUGUUGCAGGGGCAAUCCCUUUCUUCAGCUAUCUCAUUGGUCUCAUCGGCUCGCUCUGCUGCGCUCCUACAUGCCUUAUCAUUCCUGCGUUGAUGGGUCUUUACAUGGACUGGGAAUAUCGUGGAACUACUCAUGUGAUGACCAUCAGAUGCGCCUUCCACAUCUUCACUGUAAUCCUGGGUUCAUUUAUUACUGUCUCUGGCACUUACACGACGGUUCAAAGCAUUAUCAAUGCCUACGCUUCAGGUCUCGUCGGGCAAGCAUUUUCUUGCUAAUAUGGGUCCUGUUUUGAUUUAACGUUCCUCCA